AUGUUAUCCUCAAACCUUUUAAAAGGAUUAGUCGUUAUAAAGCAGCUGGGAGCAGGCGGUAACGGUACAGUAUACCUCACACAACACAAGAUAUCCCUCAACAAAUACGUGGUCAAGGUAUUUAGAGAUCAUCCUGACCUUCCUAUGGUCUAUCAGGACGGGACAGAACUACCACUAGAGAUAGCGACUCUAAGAUCACUUCAUCACCCCAAUGUAGUGAAGUAUAAAACUCACUUCCUGUUUAACGGAGAAUGGUAUCUGCUGAUGGACUACGAGCCAGGAUUCAGUGAUCUGCACACCUUGACUCGGAGCUGCAGACUUACUGAGAAGACAGUACUAAGCAUAGCAGAGCAGCUGUACGCAGUAGUGGAUUACUGUCUUAAGAACAACAUCGACCACGGAGACAUCAAGGAAGAGAAUAUCCUCUACAAUCCGAAGACAAACCAACUCAAACUGAUAGACUUCGGUACUGCUCUCCCUCUUUCUAAACAACCUAUCAACUUUCUCAGAGGUACCACCAUGUGUCUGCCUCCUGAAGCGUUCUCCAAACCUCAGUACUUCCCACUUCAAGCCAGUGUCUGGGCUAUUGGGUGUGUUCUAUACGGCUGUAUGACGGGAAGACCUGCAUUUUCGGAAACUUCUGACAUCCUGAACAAGAGAGCCAGAAUUCUACUACACAAAAAUAAACUCUACUCUGGGAAACUGGUAAACCUGGUGGAGCGAUGUUUGGAACCUUGCCGAAUUAUGAGGAUCAUGUGGUCAGAGUUGGGAAGAAACUUGUGA